AAGCCCGGUCAGACGGGCGUGAUCCUCGACCAGUCCAACUUCUGCAUCUUCCUCCCUCCCAAGUACGGUGGCGGCAUCUCCGAGAACGAGGACCGCGCCGUGGCCUUCUGCACCAAGGCCAACCUCCCCGGAGCAACGAACGCCCAGGUCCUCCCCAACGGAUUCAUCAAGACCGCACACUUUGUGACCAACACCCAGAAGGGUUAUGUCCAGGUCACCGGUCGCAUUGAUCGCAGCAAGUACGGUUUGUCCUCCAAGGACGGCGGUGGACAGUACGACAUGCGCGCACCCGUCGGAGCCACUUGUGCAGGUUAUAAUUCCUUUGUGCAGUUGACGGAGCCUGAUGCUCAGAUCUACUGUAUCCGCUGCUGCAAGAACAAGGCUGAUUGCCCCGUGAACAAGUCCACCAAAGGUUGCGAAGCCGUCCUCGGUGGUGAUUAUUCGUAA